AGGGUUGGAGAGGGAGGAGGGGGUGAGGAGGAGGAGGAGGUGGAGGAAGAAGGUGAGGAGGAGGAGAAAGGGGGAGGCGCGGCGAGCAGCUCGGCAGCCGCGGCAGCUGUUCUCUGCGGAGCAGGCGUGCGGCCCUUCCCCCGCCUUCUCCUCCUCCCCCGCCGCCGUCGGUGAUUCAGGCCGUGCGCUCCCCACUUCCGCCCCCUCCGCCUGCCAUUGGAACGAGCGAAGCCGAACAAGUUGUGGCCGUCCAGCAGCCGGCUCUUCCCCUCUUCCUCCUCUCCUCCUCUUCUUUUCUCCCUCCCUCUUCUUCCCUGGCCGCCGCCCGAGCCGUCGCCGCCGCCCGGAGGCCGAGAGACCGCCGAGCCCCCCUGCCCCUGCCGCCGCCGACAUGAGCUUCUUGUUUGGUAGCCGCUCCUCUAAAACUUUUAAACCAAAGAAGAACAUUCCGGAGGGUUCUCACCAGUAUGAACUCUUAAAGCACGCAGAAGCCACACUUGGUAGUGGCAAUCUCCGGAUGGCUGUCAUGCUUCCUGAGGGGGAAGAUCUAAAUGAAUGGGUUGCAGUGAACACUGUGGAUUUCUUCAAUCAGAUUAAUAUGCUUUAUGGAACAAUCACAGAUUUCUGUACAGAGGAAAGUUGUCCAGUGAUGUCAGCUGGCCCAAAAUAUGAGUAUCAUUGGGCAGAUGGAACAAACAUAAAGAAGCCUAUUAAGUGCUCUGCGCCAAAGUAUAUUGAUUACCUAAUGACUUGGGUUCAGGACCAGUUGGAUGAUGAGACAUUAUUUCCAUCAAAAAUUGGUGUCCCGUUUCCGAAGAAUUUCAUGUCUGUGGCAAAAACUAUACUCAAACGCCUCUUUAGGGUUUAUGCUCACAUUUAUCAUCAGCAUUUUGACCCUGUGAUCCAGCUUCAGGAGGAAGCGCAUCUCAAUACAUCUUUCAAACACUUUAUAUUUUUUGUCCAGGAAUUCAACCUUAUCGAUAGAAGAGAACUUGCACCACUCCAAGAACUGAUUGAAAAACUCACCUCAAAGGACAGAUAAAAGGAUGAAGAGCUGUGCAACUUGUUCCUCAGAUGAAGUGUGUUGAGUGUAUAUGGAUUUUGUUGUGUUUUAUUUUUAUCUCAGUCAUUUUUGUCCUAGGUUUGGGGGGCUUGUUUGGGUUUGAAUUUCUUUAUUCUGAAUAAAUGAAACCAUACUCUGUUGCUAGAGGAAGCCAAGAACCAAUUUUGUCAUAGUGGCUGGCAUACGGUUUUUGUUUUUUUACUUGGUUUGAUUACUUGCAGAAUUUUUGAUAAUACUGUGUGUUGAAAGAAAAUGCUUACUUGAUUAGAUUGCUGAUGGAUGGGGGUUUUGUGUUGUGUAAAUUGUGGCCAGUUUUUGAAGUCCCCAAGAGACUUAUGUUUUUAAGUGCCUUGGCAGGCUCACUUCUGAGGUGCAAAGCACAGACAUAGAACUGAACAGGGCUUGAAAUAUUAGGAAUACUACCCAGGGCACUUACUGAUGCAUGUUUUAAAACAUCUGUGAUAAAAGCCAUAGUUUACCUAAAUUGGUGAUCUCCAGCUUUUACUACAUUGAAGAAACACAAUUUGUAAAGGUGUGCAUGUAGAACAUAAAAAAGUAGUAUUA